AUGAAGCCUUCACUUCUGGCAGCUCAUAAUCGUCUGGCCCAGAUUGUUACCUUCUUGUCUCACCCAACCAAGCUCAUAUCCACGAUAUCUAAGCAUCACGAGCUGGCGCCACACAUCAUGAAUCGAACCGUUCUUCUUGUUGGUGCGAACCGUGGAAUCGGCCUUAAUCUUGCCCGUGCGCUGGCUGCUAAUAGCUGGAACGUUGUUGGAAGUGUACGGCCCCAAACCAGGGCAGACAAUGAUCCCUCCAUAAAGGAGAUUGAGGCUAUCACCUCGUGCGUUCUUGAGAUCAAUUUAACCGAUGAAAGUACCAUCGCCAAAGCAGCCGGAGAGUUUGGCGAGGGGCCUCUGGACAUGUUGAUCAAUCUCGCAGGUAUCGGACCUGAGCCAGACAACUGGUGGGAGCACACUGCCGAGAUAUUAACCGAUAAAUUCACCACCAAUACUGUGGGCCCUUUCUUAACAUCCAAAUACUUCUAUCCCAACCUCAAGAAAGCAGGUGGUACUAUCAUCAACAUAUCCUCCAAUGCAGGCUCGAUCUCCAUGUGCAAGGGUGAAGAUAUGGCAUAUCGCAUGUCCAAAGCAGCUCUCAAUAUGAUGACCGUAACCCUGGCGAAAGAAUUCCAGAUGAAUAAUGAUAAUAUUACCGUCCUAGCUAUCAACCCUGGCUAUGUUGCUACAAGAUUGACAAACUUCUGUUCUCGAGAUGACAUGGAAGAGUGUAUUGCUGGUAUUGUGAAAGUGCUGGAAAAUAUUAGCAUGGAACAGACCGGGACCUUUCUAGACUGGCGAGGCCAGACACUUCCUUGGUGA